UGUUGAAAUGCGACAAUUGGUGCGAAAAACCACCAUCAAUGAACAGCAGCUCCGAUCCAUGAUACAGCUGUAUCCGGCACAUUCUGCAAAUCAUUGAAAGUUUUUGCGCAGUGUACGGUUGGGUGUUGAUUUUGAUUUUUUUCGAACAUUUCCUGAUCCUCACGGAUCGAUCCUUUUUUGCAAUACGCAUGUAUCGCAUGCCGAUGGGAUUUUCCAUUCAGCAGGUACUGUCGAUGAUGAUGACUUGGGUGUUUCCGUUGGCGCUGAACGACAUGUUGCUAGUUGGUGCGUGUACAGCAACGGAAAAAGCACUGCAGCAGUUUGAGCAGCAACUUUGUGAGGUUGGCAAAAUGGCAAACACACAAAAUGUGGAGUGUGAGCAAAUGAUCACUAGUUUCAGCCUGUACGUGGCAGAGCAGAAGCCAAAGUUUCGCAUUCUGAAAUCAAUCAAUUUAAGCUUUAAUUUGAUCUAUGCGAGCUGCGGAGUAAUUGCCACGUAUUUAACAGUGUUUCUACAGUUCGACAAUGGAGACUCUCUCUGAGCAUUGGCCUGUGAUGGUUAAGGAGGA